AUGACAACAACUGAUAAAAAACGACUUGCAUUAAUUACUGGUGCCAAUAAAGGUAUUGGCUUCCAAGUUGCACGUCAGCUAGCAACGAAAGGUAUCCACGUACUUCUUGGUUCUCGUGAUGAAACUCGAGGAAAUCAAGCGGUUGAGCAAUUAGUCGCGGAGAAUCUUCCAGUAUCAUUGAUUCAAAUUGACGUCACUGAUCAGUCGACCAUUGCCGCUGCAGUUGAAGAAGUGACGAAGAAAUAUGGUUAUCUGGACAUUCUUAUCAACAAUAGUGGAGUGUACGGUAACGAACCACGACCGAGUGCAGUGACAUUGGACACUAUUCGACAGAAUUUUGAAGUAAACUUUUUCGGCGCCUUCGCAGUGACCAGAGCAUUCCUACCUUUACUUCGCAAUUCGUCAUCCGGUCGAAUCGUGAAUGUUUCCAGUGGUCUCGGUUCAUUCUAUUUCCAGGAAACAUAUCAACCGCAUUAUUAUCAUUUGGCUUAUAGUGCAUCGAAAGCAUCGCUGAAUAUGCUAACCGUUCAAUUGGCUCAGGAGUUGGAGAAAACGAAUAUUAAAGUCAAUUCUUGUACACCCGGUUUAACAGCAACAGAUUUAACAAAUUUUACAGGUCAUUCCGUUGAAAUCGGUGCAAAAUCAUCCGUUUUUCUAGCAACUCUACCGGAUGACGGUCCAUCUGGAAAGUAUUUCGAUGAAAAUUGUCAAGAACAUCCAUGGUAG